AUGAUCAAUUUUCGAAAAAGUAAAAACUGCAGGUUUCCAGGUUCUCCAGCACAUUCGGAAGUUUUCUUUUCCGAUGAAUCAUUGGGACCUGGUUCUGUUGCCACGUACACGUGCGAAAGAGGAUUCGAAUUAUUGGGACCGUCUAGGAGAACGUGCGUGAACGGGGAUUGGUCACCCGAAGGAAUACCUUUUUGCGCUUUCUAA